AUGAGGAGAAAGCCUGGCAAUAUAUCCGCACUCAUGAUCGUGCGCAGCAGGAGAACGCUGCUCUACUCUCUGGGAGUGGUGAUGCUCCUCAUCUACACUCUGUAUCUAUGGAGGACGCCCCGGCGGCCGUUGCCGCCCAUGCCAGGCACCUACCAAUACUUCUCGGAGAUCAACUUCGAGUACCACACACACAGCUUCGGCGCCAUCAGCCAUUGUGAUCCGAGAUUUGCGCCCUCGCAGGCUCCGGGUAUCGAUGAAACGAAGAAGGCACUGUUCGCGCUGAUGAAGACGUACGCCGCGACGAUGAAGGAGCUUCACGCCGAGAGUUGGAUCGCGCACGGCACCUUGUUGGGGUGGCACUGGAACCAGAAGUUUUUACCCUGGGACAACGAUAUCGACGUCCAAAUGUCGAUAGAAACGCUGGCGGCGCUGGCUACCGCCUAUAACAUGAGCGAGUACCAGUACCCCGUGGCUGGGGAGGACAGGCCUCGAACUUACCUCUUGGAUAUCAACCCACAUUACACCAUCGCAUCGACGCGCGAUGUAGCGAACAAGAUCGACGGCCGCUGGAUCGAUACUACAAACGGCAAGUAUAUCGAUAUCACCGCCGUCCACGUCAGCUCUGGAAAGACGCAACAUAUCCCGUUUGACCAGGGCGUUCUCUUCUCCAAAGAUGGUCAUCGAUACCGGGAUACCACUUUCGAGGACAUCGGCGUCAAAGUGCCGCGCAAUCCGGCCAAAAUCCUAGCCGAGGAGUAUGGGAGACGGUCCCUGACCAAAACGCGCUUUCACUGGCACCGGUUCAACAAAGCCUCGAGACUGUGGGAAGCCGAGUAG